GCCGCGGUGUUUCCGCUGCUCAAACAGACUCAAACAUCAGAAAUAAUUGAUUACUGAUUUGGCUCGACGCUGACAGAAGGAGCUCGCGGAGCGGCAGCUGGGCUGAAUGGCGGCGGCAGUUUCUGCGGGAGGGCCGGCUCUCAUCAUGGAGAAUGGACAGAGCACCACCACCAAGCUGGGCCUGCCGCCGCUCACCCCCAACCAGCAGGAGGCGCUGCAGAAGGCGAAGAAGUACGCCAUGGAGCAGAGCAUUAAAAGUGUUCUGGUCAAACAGACUCUGGCUCAGCAGCAGCAGCUCACCAGUCUCCAGAUGGCGUCUCUGACGAUGGGUCUAGGAGACGCUCUGUCUCCCCUGCAGUCAGUGGCGGCUCAGCGUCAGAGAGCUCUGGCAAUCAUGUGUCGAGUUUAUGUCGGCUCCAUCUACUAUGAGCUGGGAGAGGACACCAUCAGACAGGCCUUCGCUCCGUUUGGACCAAUCAAGAGCAUCGACAUGUCAUGGGACUCUGUCACCAUGAAACACAAGGGUUUCGCCUUCGUAGAGUAUGAGAUGCCCGAGGCGGCUCAGCUGGCCCUGGAGCAGAUGAACUCUGUCGUCUUAGGAGGCAGGAACAUCAAAGUUGGGAGGCCCAGUAACAUCGGCCAGGCUCAGCCAAUUAUUGACCAGCUGGCGGAAGAAGCUCGCGCCUUCAACAGGAUCUACGUGGCGUCGGUUCACCCCGACCUCUCCGACGACGACAUCAAGAGCGUCUUCGAGGCUUUCGGCAAGAUCAAGUCCUGCAUGUUGUCCCGAGAGCCGACCACCGGGAGACACAAGGGCUACGGCUUCAUCGAGUACGAGAAGCCUCAGUCUGCUCAGGAUGCCGUGGCCUCCAUGAACCUGUUUGACCUGGGGGGUCAGUACCUGCGGGUGGGGAAGGCCGUGACUCCACCGAUGCCCCUCCUCACACCAACAACACCUGGAGGACUUCCAGCUGCUGCCGCCGUGGCUGCUGCUGCCGCUACCGCCAAAAUCACUGCUCAGGAGGCCGUGGGAGCGUCGGUUCUUGGAGCUCUGGCCGGACCGGCGCUCCUCUCUCAGCAGCUGGGAGGACUUCCUCAGGCCGUCAUGGCCGCCCAAGCUCCAGGUGUUAUCACAGGGGUGACCCCAGCUCGACCUGGUGUGCCUCAGGUGGGUCUGGUGAACCCGGUGCUGGCCACACCCCCGACACCGGUAGCCUCUUUUGGCUCUGAGGUGAAGAGGAAAGAGGAGGAGGAGGAGUGUCAGCAGGAGGCGCAGCAGGAUGGAGCCAUGGAGCCACUCAGUGAACAGGAGCACAUGAGCAUCAGCGGCAGCAGCGCCAGGCACAUGGUGAUGAGGAAGCUCCUCCGUAAGCAAGAGUCAACUGUGAUGGUCCUGAGGAACAUGGUCGGUCCUGAUGACAUUGACGAUGACCUGGAGGGGGAGGUCACUGAGGAGUGCGGGAAGUUCGGCCAGGUGAAGCGUGUCAUCAUCUACCAGGAGCGUCAGGGCGAGGAAGAUGAUGCAGACGUCAUUGUUAAGAUCUUUGUAGAGUUUUCAGAGGCGGCCGAGAUGAAUCGAGCCAUCCAGGCUCUCAACCACCGCUGGUUCGGAGGACGUAAGGUAGUGGCAGAGGUGUACGACCAAGAACGCUUCGAGAACAGCGACCUGUCGGCGUAGAACACAGAUAUACGCUCAGACACAUAUACAAACUCAGCGUAGAGUAGAUGCCUCUUUAUAACCUGUCAGUUUUUUAUUGGUGUUUGUCCCUGGAUGAACUUUUCUUCUUCUUCUGUUUAUUUCUGUACGGAUCUAAAGGACCAUUCUGCUGUUCUUCAUGUUUCAACUACAAAUCUAAUAUUUUCCACUCCUGCUCAUUGUUUUCCAGAUCAACAAAUUUCGGAUGGAUUCUUCCUGGCAGCUGCUGGGUUAGCUUCAUUUUAGAGCUGAAUCCGUCAGGUGAUUGUGAAUGUUCCCAGUUAUUUUCCGUUCUCCAGGUUCUCAGACGUUCAGUUUUUAUCCGUGUUCUGUGGCAGUAAACUGAACCUCUCUCGUUUUCUACUGUUGGUCAUUUCAGGCACCUUGGACUGAGAAUGAGUUUUUCUGUCUUACAGACCAAGUGUUUGGUUUAUUGACAAAAAAAGAGAUAAAUCUGUGGUGGAAAAAAAUCCAGUUCAAACAGCUUUUGUUUAAUAACUGAAUUUUUCCACAAACCUGAGCAGGACAGAACCACAUUUAAAAUUGAUGUUUGUGCUGCAGACACUCAGUUCAGACCAGCGUUGUGUUGAAGUGAUACAGAAAUGUUACAGUCCCAUCAGAACAUCAGCGGCUGCCUAACGCUUCAUGCUUUGUGUUCAUCAGCUGUUUUGUGUUGAAUGAACAUUUAAAACACAAUGUCAGCUGACAUGUUGGGAACUGAAAGUGGGUCCAGAUUAAUGACCUGAUCUUUAGGUCUGGUCUUGAAGAAAGUCCCGGUGUCAAACUCUAGUUCUAAUGCCCCUGUGUUCACUGAUGUUUGAUCCGGUGACCAGACGGAGACACUGCAGCGACUUGAUGAUCGAUUUCUCCUUUAAGUCAUUUCUCAAACAUUCUCCAACUCCAGUUUCCCUCUAUGAAUAUUUCCAGCCUCUCAGUAACUGAGUCUGUUUGGGUUUCGGACUCUUGGUCAGACAGAAGAAGAUGCUUAUUUAUUGUUUAUAAAGCUGAAUGAUCGAUCAGUUAAUCAAUUAAAAGAUCGAUCAUGGAAAUAAGAGCUGGUUUUUAGCUUUCAACAGUAGAACUGGUUCUUAGUGGUUUCCCAGUGUGAGACACUGUACUCAGUCCUGGCCUGACCUGAGACUGUUUGAAGACUCCUGUUGCUGCGUUCAGGGACACUCUGAGUUUUGUAAAAUGAUGAGCUGAGCUGAGAUUUGAGCUGAGACAUGAACCCAGCUGUGGUCAAGAUGUUCAGAUAGCAGAAACAUCUGGACGUUUGUCCUCUGACUGAUGUUCCUGAACACAACACACCAUCACAACCCAAACUCAAACCAACUUCAGUCUGUCCAGGUGGGUUAUGUUUUCCUGUUGAAGACGAUCAGAUUCUGGUGUCGAUUCAUCAAACGUGGAUUCUCCUCAGAAAGAAGGAUCAACAUGAAAGAGGUCGACGGUGUGUUCAGGUGUUCUUCAGGUGUUCUUCAGGUCUUUGAAGGUCAAACACCAAAAUAUGUGAAUAAAACUUUUUAUUUCUUUUUUUUACAACAGUGGGUUUUUUUCUGCUGUUUUGUUCAUCUGAAGCUGCUGUUUGAUUGGCUGACAGUUUUUAAUACAAAAAUCCAUUUCAUAAUAAAAAAGAACGUAGAAAAAG